AUGGUGGAGCGUGUGGCAGCCUUGCCGUCGUCUGCCACCGCCGUGAUCCGCGCUCCUGAGGACUUCGAUCUACUCAGCGUGGUCCCGCUGCUGUCCUCACUGAAGCUUGCCACCAGCCUGCUUGACCACGGCCCCGACACAUCACCGCGCCUGGGCGCCGCCGACAACCUCGACCUCUCCGACCACUCGGCACCCCUGCGAUCGACCUACGGCGAAGGCGUGAAUAUGAGGCGGGCGAGCUUCUGGUCUGACUCCGAUGCAGACCGCAGCGAGUACGAUGUAACGCGUGUCCGAGAGUGGAGCAGGGCGGCGGCUGUGGUUGAUGGCUUGGCAUCGAAGAGCGCUCGGACAGUCGGAGAGAUCUGCGGGUUCGGGAAGCUCAAACUUCGCCAUGUUGCCGACGACCUCGUGCUUGUGGAAGGUAUGGCCAACCUUCUGCCGGGCAAGAGAUUCCCUUCAGAGACAAGAACGGCGUGCUACAUGGGGCUGCUUUCACAGCUGGCGGCCAAGCCUGAGGUUCUUUGCGUCUCUCCCCUCCAAUCGGCCACACUCCACAACGCUGUGGCCAAUGCGUCAAUGCAGAGCGCUACAUACCACGACCGAAACGCCGCUCCUCGAUGCUGGAUUGGACGGCACUGGCGAAGUCAUCCAGACUCUGGGUUGGAUAAAACAUCGUGUUUCUUCGCGGACGAUGACGGACUCCAAGUUGAGCACGGCUACUUGUUCGACGGUGUUCGAGUGGAAGACGAUGGCAACGUGUCGACGGCGCUGGGCAACUACUCUUUCCCGUUCGACAUGUCACGCCGUAAGGUGGGAAAGGUGAGUGCCCCGGAACCACUCGGAAUCCUCGGCACCGGUGACAUCACAACCCCGUGUGAUAUCACCGAUCCCCGUGAGAUACUCGAAAUAAACCACUUCGAUUUUCAAACCUUUUCGCACGGCGGGGUGAUAUCGCAGAUCGUGCAGUGCAUCCAGCUGUUCAAGACGCCCCACCAAGGCAGCACUUCUAGCGGGCAAGACUCUUUCACCUUCUUCAGCGACUUCAUUGGCGAUCCCUUCGACUACGAUGACAGCGAGUACAUAUCGUACGGUGACUACAGCGGGGAGUAUUACUCCGACACUUGGAGCGAAGACUCCUUCUGUGCAGGAGGUCUUGACGAUUUGUCGUACCACUUGAGCUACCUCUAUGAUGAUACUUCGUACGCCUCUCCUUCCACUUCACCGUCCUUCACUGGUGGGUUCCACCAAGACACUAUUGGCGGCCACGGCACGGGGACGUCCGGUAGCGCGGCGGGGGCAAUUUCGUCCCAAUCCAGCCUCAAAGAAGAGGCUUGCUACGGCGACGAGCUUCCUGGUUGUGCCGGUGGCUGCAUAUCGGCUUCAGACGUCGACGCCAUGCUCGACGAUAGUACUUUCCACCUCGUCGUCUUCUGCCCAAUGUACACCUGCGACGGGAAUAUCGAUAUUCCUUCCUCCGAAUGCCUCAGCGACGAUCCAGUUGAAGAUCUUCAUCAACACGGCGGUGUAGCCCCCGGGGCACAGAUCUCCGUGUUUGACUUUUCGUACGUAGGAACCGAAGUUUAUGCUUCAUGGGCGGGAAACGAUUUAUGGUACUCGGCGAUGGAGACGGGUGCGAAAAUCCACACCAACUCAUGGGGUGGAGCUACGCUUUGCCAACUCACCGAGAAGGAGUAUAUGUACGACACGUUUAUGUAUGAGAAUCCCGAGCACCUGCUGAUCUUCUCUGCGGGAAACGACGGCGGGUAUGAUGACAUCCCCAACCGCGAGGCCUGCACAGUUGGAUCUCCUGCCCUCGGCAAGAACAUUCUAGCUGUGGGAGCCACGUCCUCUGGUCCCUUUCCAGGAACCCGAACCGGAGACGACGGGAACCUGUUUUGCGAGGAGGUCGGCGUGACCGACUAUUCUCCCGAGGGAUACCCCUGGAUUUGCUUGAUGCCUGUUCUGGGGGCGCCGCCCGCAUCGACGGAGCCAGCGGGGGUCGAUACUGUCGGGUAUUUCAGCUCCCAGGGUCCUACCCUAGAUGGGCAAAUCAAGCCUGGCGUCGUUGCUCCCGGGAAUCAGGUGGUGGCUUCCGCAUCAAGUGACGGGACCGAUGAACACAGCUGCAAACUGGCGGGACCUCCGUUUCCUGCCCCCUGGUCGCCGGUGCCGCUGCCCUGGUAAUUUGCACACAUGAAGCAAAGUGCAGAUAUGCGAGUUGGCUGCAGUUGGUGAUCGAUUGUGCUGCAACGUGGUAGGAUAUUUACGCUUGCUGUCCCAUCUACCAUUCUGCGUUUGACGUCCCACCUUCUGACCAAAUUGUUGUGCUGCCCUGAAGUCUCAACAUUUGAUCUUUGAUGUGCAUUUCGAUAGGUUCGGCAGUACUUCA